CUCAGGCCGUUUCCCUAAGUUUCAAUUCUCCUUUGGAAGGGGCGGAGUCAGCACUGUUUAAAGAGGUCUGAGAGCCUGCAGCUUUGCACUCGGUCGCCAAGCCAGGAGUGCAGGGGAAGGAGAGCUGGGCCUGAAGAAUUUCCGAGAUUAACAGACUCUGUUGCCCAGUUGGAAGAAGAUAUAGACAAUGGUUCUUAGCACAGAAGAAAGCAGGCACCCAGCUUCAGUCACCUCAACCAGUGACCCACUGCCCAAUGGAGAGAUUAGCCCAGAAGAGAGAAACCAGGAGUCUCUGAACAACCUCAGCAGGCAGUACGAGGAGAAGGUGCGGCCCUGCAUCGACCUCAUCGACUCCCUGCGGGCCCUGGGAGUAGAGCAGGACCUGGCCCUGCCUGCCAUAGCUGUCAUCGGAGACCAGAGCUCAGGGAAGAGCUCUGUGCUGGAAGCACUGUCGGGAGUGGCCCUCCCCAGAGGCAGUGGUAUUGUCACCAGAUGCCCUCUGGUACUGAAACUGAAGAAACUGGAUGAGGGAAAGGAGUGGCGAGGCAAGGUCAGCUAUGAGGACAUUGAAGUGGAGCUCUCUGAUCCCUCACAGGUGGAAGCGGCCAUCAACAAAGGUCAGAACAUCAUUGCUGGGGAAGGGCUGGGUAUCAGUGAUAAGCUCAUUAGCCUGGAUAUCAGCUCCCCGCAUGUUCCAGACCUGACUCUGAUCGAUCUGCCUGGGAUUACCAGGGUGGCUGUAGGCAACCAGCCUGCAGACAUAGGACGCCAGAUCAAGAGACUCAUCAAGACUUACAUCCAAAAACAGGAGACCAUCAACCUUGUGGUGGUCCCCAGCAAUGUGGACAUUGCCACCACGGAGGCGCUGAGCAUGGCUCAGGAGGUGGACCCUGAGGGGGACAGAACCAUAGGGAUCUUGACCAAGCCCGAUCUGGUGGACAGAGGUACUGAAGACAAGGUCAUUGAUGUGGUGCGGAACCUGGUGUGCCACCUGAAGAAGGGCUACAUGAUAGUCAAGUGCAGGGGCCAGCAGGACAUCCAGGAGAAGCUGAGCCUAGCUGAGGCCUUGCAGAAGGAGCAAGCCUUCUUCAGCGAACACCCGCACUUCAGAAUUCUUCUGGAGGAUGGGAAGGCCACAGUGCCAUGCCUGGCAGAGAGACUGACCACGGAGCUCAUCUCACACAUCUGUAAAACUCUGCCUUUGUUAGAAAACCAAAUAAAGAAGUGUUACCAGAGUACAACUGACGAGCUGCAGAAGUACGGCACAGACAUACCAGAAGAUGAGAAUGGGAAGACCAUCUUCCUGAUAGAAAAAAUCAACGCUUUCAACCAAGACAUCAAUGCUGUAGUACAAGGGGAAGAGAAUGUGGCUGAGGGACAAUGCCGCCUAUUCAACAAACUGCGGAAAGAGUUCUUGUUGUGGAGUAAGGACAUCCAAGAGAAUUUCCAACAAGGUUAUGAUACUUUAUACAAUGAAGUCUACACAUUUGAAAAGCAGUAUCGUGGCCGAGAGCUGCCAGGGUUUGUGAACUACAAGACAUUUGAGAACAUUAUAAGAAAGCAGAUCAAAGACCUGGAGGAGCCAGCAAUAGAGAUGCUGCACAAGGUCACUGAAAUGGUACGAGUUGCCUUUUCCAGUGUUUCUGAAGACAAUUUCCAGGAGUUUUUUAACCUCUACAGAACUACCAAGUCCAAACUUGAAGAUAUCAGAUUAGAGCAAGAAAAGGAAGCAGAGAAGACUAUCCGACUGCACUUCCAGAUGGAGCAGAUCAUCUACUGCCAGGACCAAAUUUACAGGGGAGCCUUGCAGAAGAUCAGAGAGGAGGAGGCUGAGGAGGAGAAGAAUGCAAAGCACAGAAAUUCCCAUUCCUCUCAGUCCCAGGAUUUGCAGAACUCAUCCAUGGCUGAGAUCUUCCAGCAUCUGAAUGCCUACCGCCAGGAGGCUCAUAACCGCAUCUCCAGCCACAUUCCCUUGAUCAUCCAGUACUUCAUCCUGAAGAUGUUUGCUGAUCAGCUGCAGAAGAGCAUGCUUCAGCUGCUGCAGGACAAGGAUUCCUGCAGCUGGCUCCUCAAGGAACACAGUGACACCAGUGAGAAGAGGAAAUUCCUGAAGGAGCGACUGGCAAGGCUGUCCCAGGCUCGCCGCAGGCUGGCCAAAUUCCCUGGUUAAGCUGGCUCCGUCCUUGCCCGUGUCUCCUGGACACUGAUUCAGGGACAGAAGGGCUCCUGCCUUUCCUGGUAGCUGUGCCACCACCCUUUAC